AGUUCCUCGGGGGGAGAAAGCUCCUGUGAGGAGGGCAGAAUGCGCAGGCCUACCCAGCUGAGACCCUUCCAUGCCCGGGCUUCGGUGGAUCCUGAAUUCCCCCUCGCCCCGCUGUCCAGUGACCCUGACUACUCCUCCAGCAGUGAGCAGUCCUGCGACACUGUCAUCUACAUCGGGCCCAACGGCACGGCCCUGUCUGACAAGGAGCUUACUGACAACGAGGGCCCCCCAGACUUUGUGCCCAUUGUGCCGGCCCUACAGAAGACUAGGGGUGACAGCCGCCCUGUGGAGGCAACAGAGGCUGCAACUAACAAGUCGGAAAGGGACUGUCUGAAGUGCAAUACCUUUGCUGAGCUGCAGGAAAGACUAGAUUGCAUUGACGGCAGUGAGGAGCCCAGCAAGUUUCCCUUCGAAGAGCUGCCCAUCCAGUUCGGGCCGGAGCAGGCAGGUAGAUGUGCUUCCUUAAGCCAAGCAGCAGGACCAGAUACACUCUCUGAGUCUGAUAGGGAAGAUAACGGCUCAGACAAUGGCCAGCUGCCCACCGACAGGGAAAGCACAGAGCUUCCAGCCUCCAAGGUGCAGCAGAGACGGUCCCCUGUGCCCACUGUGACAAGGAGCGGCAGCCCUAGUCCCGCCUCACCUCGGAGCAUCCCGGGCAGCAGUAGCCAGCACAGUACCUCCCAGCUCACACAGAGCCCCAGUCUCCAGAGCAGCCGGGAGAGUCUGAACUCAUGUGGCUUUGUGGAGGGCAAGCCCAGACCCAUGGGCUCCCCACGGCUAGGUGUUGCCAGUUUGUCCAAGACCUCAGAGUACAAACCCCCCAGCUCUCCCUCCCAGAGAUGCAAAGUUUACACCCAGAAGGGGGUCCUGCCUUCCUCAGCCCCACCACCUUCCCUGAGCAAAGACUCUGGCAUGGCCUCCAGCGAGUCCUUGCUUCAGCCUGACGUCCGUACUCCCCCGGUUGGAAUGAGUCCCCAGGUUUUGAAGAAAUCCAUGUCUUCUGGGAGUGAAGGAUUUUCUGGAACCCUGGUUGAAGAUGGGCACCAGGAAGGUCCUCCUGCAGACUCCAAGAAAGAGAUUCUGAGCACCACGAUGGUGACCGUGCAGCAGCCACUGGAACUGAACGGGGAGGAUGAGCUGGUGUUUACACUGGUGGAGGAGCUGACCAUCAGUGGGGUGCUUGACAGUGGCCGCCCCACCAGCAUCAUCAGCUUCAACAGCGACUGCUCCGUACAGGCCCUGGCCUCAGGCUCCCGGCCUGUCAGCAUCAUCAGCAGCAUCAGUGAAGACCUGGAAUGUUACUCCAGCAUGGCCCCCGUCUCGGAGGUGAGCAUCACGCAGUUCCUGCCGCUCCCCAAGCUGGGCCUGGAUGAGAAGACGCGGGAAGCAGGCAGCCGGCGUUCUUCCAUCAGUUCCUGGCUAAGCGAGAUGAGCACAGGCAGCGAUGGUGAGCAGUCUUGCCACAGCUUCAUAGCGCAGACAUGCUUCGGGCAUGGGGAAGCCAUGGCAGAACCCCCAGUCACGGAAUUCGUCAACACCAUCCAGAACACCGCUGUGGUAUGCAGAGAGAAGCCCGAGGUGGGCCCUGACAAUCUACUCAUCUUGUCUGAGACAGGGGAAGAAUCUGUCAACAAAGCCACUCCCAUCAAAGGCUGCAAAAUCUCCACCCUGGGCAAGGCCAUGGUCACCAUCUCCAACACGGCCAACCUGAGCAGCUGUGAAGGCUACAUCCCCAUGAAGACCAAUAUCACGGUCUACCCCUGCAUUGCCAUGAGCCCCCGAAAUGUGCAAGAGUCUGAGUCCUCCAUUGCCACCCCAAAGGAAGCCCCCAAAACAGCUCAGUCCCAGGAAAGCAAGGAAGCCAAUGCAAGGAGAGAGAUGAAGUUUGAGGAUCCCUGGCUAAAACGAGAAGAAGAGGUAAAAAAGGAGAGCGUUUACCCGGGUGAGGAAGGGGUGAGGGGCGAGGCCGUCACAAGCUCCCUGACGACUGAAGGUAAGUCAGAACAGGAGCCGAAUGGCAGGCCCAGCUCCAGUGACAGGCUCAGCAGCAGCAGCGGAGAGGCAUCCACCUUGCAGGUGACUGACAACAUCAGGAGAGUUGUAGAUGGCUGUGAGAUGGCCCUGCCUGGCCUGGGGACCCAAAGUCCCAUCCAUUCCAACAAAAACCUCAAGUCAAGCAGCCUCCCAAGGGCAUUUCAGAAAGCUGACAGGCAUGAGGCGUUGGACAGCUUCUACCAUUGCCUGGCGGACAGCAAUGGCUUCAGCGGGGCUCUGGGUAUCCAGUCCUCGAAGACAACACUGGAGAGGAAGGUAGCAUCACCCAAGCAUUGUGUCUUGGCACGGCCCAAAGGGACACCGCCUCUGCCUCCUGUCCGCAAAUCUAGCUUGGAUCAGAAGAACAGGGCCAGCCCUCAACACAGUGGCAGCAGCAGCAGCAGCACCGGCAGCCCACUGAACCAGCCGGCUACCUUCUUGGCUGGCUUCCCUGAUGAGUCCAACAGCAAGACCAAGGAUGCCAGUAGCAGCAGUAAGCUCUUCAGCGCCAAGCUGGAGCAGCUGGCCAGCAGAACCAACUCUCUUGGCAGGACAACAGUCAGCCACUAUGAAUGCUUGUCCCUGGAAAGAGCGGAAAGUCUGUCAUCCGUGAGCUCCCGCAUGCAUGUGGGCAAAGAUAGUACCAUGCCUCGCACUGGCAGGAGCUUGGGUCGCAGUACAGGGGCCUCACCACCCAGCUGUGGCAUCACCCAGCCUGCAGGGGCCUCUCCCAAGGCCAGCCAGUCUAAGAUCUCGGCAGUGAGCAAGCUCCUGCUGGCCAGUCCCAAAUCCCGCAGCCUGUCCACCUCAACCACCAAAACCCUCAGCUUCUCUACCAAGUCCCUGCCACAGUCUGUGGGCCAGAGCUCCAACCUGCCACCCAGUGGGAAGCACAUGUCCUGGUCCACACAGUCGCUCAGCAGAAACCGGGGCUCUGGGCUGGCUUCCAAACUGCCCCUGAGAGCCGUCAAUGGGCGCAUUUCCGAGCUGCUGCAGGGCAGUGCGGGCCCGAGGGGCGCACAGCUGCGGGCAGAGGCAGAGGAGCCCAGUGGCGUUCCCGCGGAGGACAAGCCUGCAGCUGCCCACCUUCUGCCCUCACCCUACAGCAAGAUCACCCCUCCCCGGAAGCCUCACCGCUGCAGCAGCGGGCAUGGCAGUGACAACAGCAGCGUCCUGAGCGGGGAGCUGCCGCCUGCCAUGGGGAAGACGGCCUUGUUCUACCACAGCGGCGGCAGCAGUGGCUAUGAGAGUAUGAUACGGGACAGCGAGGCCACCGGCAGCGCAUCCUCCGCCCAGGACUCCAUGAGUGAGAACAGCAGCUCCGUCGGAGGGAGGUGCAGGAGCCUCAAGACCCCAAAGAAGCGAUCCAAUUCAGGUUCUCAGAGGCGAAGGCUCAUUCCGGCGUUGUCCCUCGACACCCCAUCACCUAUGAGAAAAACUGCCAGCAGCACAGGGGUCCGCUGGGUGGACGGCCCCCUGAGGAGCACCCAGAGGGGGCUUGGGGAACCUUUUGAGAUUAAAGUCUAUGAAAUUGAUGAUGUGGAGCGACUUCAGCGACGCAGAGGGGGCGCCAGCAAGGAGGUCAUGUGCUUCAACGCCAAGCUGAAAAUCCUGGAGCAUCGGCAGCAGAGAAUCGCUGAGGUCCGAGCCAAGUACGAGUGGCUGAUGAAGGAGCUGGAAGCAACCAAACAGUACCUGAUGCUGGACCCCAACAAGUGGCUUCGUGAAUUUGACUUGGAGCAAGUCCUGCAGCUGGAUUCCCUGGAAUACCUGGAGGCGCUAGAGGGCGUGACAGAGCGCCUGGAGAGCCGUGUCAACUUCUGCAAGGCCCAUCUCAUGAUGAUCACCUGCUUUGACAUCACCUCCCGGCGCCGAUAAGGACCAGCAGGCUCCAGGCCGUCAGUCCCUCGCUCCCUGGGACUUCAGCAGGACACCACCCUCCCAGGCCCUCUGUGCUGGCAACGCUCAAGACACUAGGAUGCGGAUGAAGGUUGGUGGCAAGUCUGGAGUGAGCGAGGAGCGAAAGGCGAUGUUUCCUUUGUUUUCUGUAGGGAAGAAAGGUAAAGACACCAACACGUGGAAGGAGGAAGUGAUGGGAAAACCCAUGGGACUGAGAAAGCACUUGGAGGAACCUUGAGGAACUCUGUACAUAAGGACUGCUAGCCAAGAGAUCCUUACCUUGCAGUCGUGAGGACGGGGAGGGUGACGCGGGAUUGCCAUUGAAAGCAGAACACCACCAAGACGACCCAGAAUGAUGGAUUAAGUGCCUUGCAAAUCUUUAUGAUUAUCCAAACAUUUGUGUUCGUUCUUUCUUGUGUCCAGAUGGUGCUAGUCAAGGAGAAAUCAACAAAACCCGAAAACUCAACCCAGUUUUUGAAAUGCAUUUGCAGCUUGUUUUCUCUUGGUUCUGACUUUGCUGUUUGUUCCCAAGAAGUUGUGUUUGUUGUGCUUUUUCCUAAUCAGUGUUGCAGCUGAAUAAAUGUUAACUGUCUUUCAUGGUUGUUCCGGAAGGCCACUCAGAACAUGGAGACUCCAUUGGCAUGAGCCAGUGUGUUUCCCAGGGAGGUUUAGGAGGGCAGGGGACAGAAGCCGCCACCUUCCAUGAACAGCAGGUCAGCCAACAGCUCCAGGGUCGGGUAUGGAAUGGGUGCGCAUGAGCAUUAGUGAUGAGGAGGGAUGUCUUUAAGGGGAAGGGUACAGGGUGGCCUGUUCUUGUUUGUUUCAUGUAUUCAUGGCCCUCAAAACAAGUUCAUGCUCCUUUCUAGUCCAAAGCCUGUGGAUGGAAAGCUUGGACAACUUGAGCAGAACCUGUUUCUUUGUCUUCAUGUAAUAUGAUGUCAGUUACACAGAGUGGAGGUUUUCUGCGUUGAGACUCUCUUGGGCUUACAUGGGUUCGGGGACUUGACAUUCAUUUAGAAAAAGGAAGUUUGGGGUUGGGGUUGCACAGCUUUUUGUCACCCAGAAUCCUGUCUACUAGCAAGAGAUUAGCUCUCGUCUAUCCUAAAGCCACUGUAGCUUGUCCCUGUGGCCUUGGUGUCCUGAGGCACUGAGAGGAACCACAUCUCUAAAUUCUAGGACCCCAGAUGUGUAGGUCAGAGCUGAAUGAAUGGGGAGACCUAGAUCUUGCUCCCCAUUAAAACUGAGGACUUCGUUCUCAAAUUAUUCCCCUUCCUUCAGGGUCGUUGGACCAUGUUAGGGAUAUAGGGCUGACACAUGCAACAGCCAGGCAUUGGCUGACCAUAGGCUGCUGGAACAAUGGAGCCUCCCAAGGAAACCAAGAAUUCUCUCUCCCGGAGCCUACGCAGCCUGCCUGUGUAUAUACAUGCUUAGGGGUUUUGGAAAGAGGACUUUGCAUCCACGCCCUACCACUAACCAACUCCUUGAACCCAGAUGCUCCCCAAAGAGAAAGAACUUUGAAUUUCUGGACCAGCCCUUUCUCUGGACACAUGUAUCCCAGCGCAGCAUGGUAUGUGGCCAGCAGAACGCACCACAUAGAAGCCGUGGUCAUACGAGUGCCAUCGCACCUGAUCCUUUACCCAGAACAUGGCUCAGAGGAGACCACCAGCUUGACUGUCCUAGAGGUCAGCCCUGUGGAUCGAAAGCCUGCCCCAUGGGUCACAGGUACCGCUUAACACAUUCCUAAGAGCUGACUCUUAUGAAGAGGGAUCCCAAGCUGCUUGAAUGGUCUGAGCUGUGGAAUAGCACAUUCCCUCCCCCUCCCCAUCUCCUGGGGAAACAGGGCCUCCCCACAUCUUCCACAGCUCCUCCCCCGCACCAUUCUCCAGGAGUCCUGGGCUCAGGGCCGAGCUCAGCCUCACAACACAUGUGUGCAUGGGCCUGCUUAACAGCAAUGUUCUUGGAAGCUUCUGGACUCAUAGAGAUGCCAAUACUAUGAACAUCUGUUUUGAUUGCUGGCUUCAAAUAUACUUCUGUGUUUUGUUUUUUCAUGAAAGGCCUUGGUUUGGGAACGAUUUUAAAAGUGAGCAUGUCUGGAUUUCUUUUCCCUUCUCCAGAGCAGAUUCAUUUGAUUAGUAAUCUAUGAGCUUGGCUUUAGUCUCCGCUUCCUUUUCCCUCAACCCUGAGGUCACCAGGCCUCGGGGAAUGCUUUAGCAGGCCACCAACAGAGCCCAGUGCCUUUGCUGGAGUGAGACCAUGCUGACUCAUCCAUAGAGAGCAGACUCUCAGUCAGCAGGUUCUCUUGGGGGGAGAGGCCCUCAGCUACCUCCCAUGGAGACCUGUUUGGAUACAUUCCAAGCAACUUCAUGCUACAGUACUGGUGGCUUGGCAGUGUCCCUAGGGUUCUUUCACCAAGCCAGGUAAGCCUCCUAGGAGGCCACAUCCACAGGGCAGGGCAUCCUCUGGGAUCUACCAGGGUGUGGUGCAGGGAGACAUUGUGUGAAAUAAUGUGUAUCUCUUGUUUAUUCUCAUAUCCUGUUCCCGUCCAAAGUAUACUGUGAACAUCUCAAUCUACUGCAUUGCAUUAUCUUAACUGAUAACUUGUGGAGAACCCCUGCCUCCCAUGAUGCACCUGCUUUCCCACCCUGCCUAUGAGCUGCCUGUGGGAAUGCAAAUCUUUAGGCACGCAAAGAAGUAGGCCCACCCUCUGAAGCCAGUGCCGCUGGGAGGUGGCUCCAGGGUUGGUUUGGAGACCAAAGGGAGGGGACAAGAAGGCAAAGAGGAUGUCAAGAAACUCACUUCUAUUUCAUUAUCUGCCCAUAGAAGGGCAGGGAUUGUCCCUUUAAAAUGAAUAUUUAGGCACAUAGGCCUUCCUUAAAUUCUGUCCAUCGCCCCCACCUCCACCCCAGCUCUAGCCCUACUUCAACGAAUUUAAUGUGAGGUAGAAGCAUUUGCAGCCAGGUAAAACUGAAAGAAAAAAAUAAAACGAAAUAUCUGAGUAAAAAUCUGAGACAGGGGCAUCAUUCUCCCAGGAGGAAACCACCACUUAGUUCAUCUCACCUGGGGCUGGGGAGGGGUGCUGCUGCUCCCAGGGAGCCUGCCUUGCUGCUUUGUCUUAGCUUUCAAGGCUCCCCUCAGAGCUGGAGGCUUUGAUCUCCUCCUUGAACCCUCCUGGACACCCCAGGAAGCCGUCUCUCACUUUCAUCUCGGCAGAGUUGAAACUGGCACAUGUGAUUUCAACUCCGAUUGCUGUUCUGAACACGAGGAAUGUACAAGGCAAAUGCAGAGGUGGGUCCCCUAGUGACGCAGCAGUGACCCCGAGCGAACGAUGACCUCCAAGCUGGAGAAGGGCUCCUGAGCUAGAGACUGGGGCGAAGACCACCAUACACAGCCCCAGGAAAGAGGCAGGGAGUGGGCAGCAGAAACGUUCAACAGGCAGGAUCCAGGUCCCGUUUGUCAGGACUCAGCCUUGUGUCCAGGAAGGAGCACUCAGACUGUGCAGGGAGCCGCUUCAAAAGGACCUAUGCACUCAGGGAGUGCUUAAUUUCCAUCCAAGCCAGAAAAGCAUCUGGGCAGGGACCCCAGGUCCCUAGGGAGCAGCCACUUUCUCUGGCCUUCAGAGUCUCUUGCUGCUCAUUAAUUUGGGUUCAUUCCCAUGCCUCCCUGGUAGUAGAUCUGUAUUUACUGUCUGACCUUGACUUCCCGAUAGCAAAGGUGGGGAUGGCAAGAGCCCACAAUUUGCACAGUGCAAACAUGGCCUUUGCGGAUCCAUAAUUGAGCCGUGAGCCUGAAGUGACUGCUUUUUGGGGUUCCUUAUUCCAUCAAGAAUUCUGGUCUGUAAAAGAAAUUACUAAAAACGAGUUCCUUCCAGAAUUGAGAACAGAUUUCCCGAAUGUUGUUCUUUCCUUGGACAUAAUGCAAAAACAUUUCCUCCUUUUUAGGGGAGUUUAUCUUUGAAACCCAAAGCCAGGGCCCAUUAGAAACAGGUUGAAAACCCUGUGUUCUAGGAGUAGAAGCUGACAAAGCCAUCCACGGCUACUGUCCCUGGAACGUCCCUGCCACCGCCACUGCCUAGCAGCUUGGCCCAGCUUUCCACGUUGAAAGAAUUGUCCUCAGUGCUAACACAGGAGGGACAGCCCCACAAUGGGAGAGGUCGGCCCCGCUUGCUGGACUCCAUGCCAAGCUAAACUGCGGAGGACAAGUUUCACAGACAUGAUUGGUGAAUGGGUAGAUUUUUUUCUAUUUUUUUUUUUUGAAGUGAUAGAAACACAGCGUUCUUUUACAUCCCACAGAAUACCUCUCUCGUCUUCUGAACAAUAUCUGUAACCACUUUACGGCUUUACAAAGCCGUUCGUAAAACAAUUACAAACUGUAUCCUUUAGCCAUCUUCCUGGUUUGUCCGACAGAACAUAUUUCAAAAUAACGUUCUGUGUUAUUUCCAUAAGAAUAAAAGCAGAAUUCUAACCCAGGAAACUCUCUUAAAUCCUAUAUAUUCUCUCAAAAAAAAAAAGAGCUCUUUUGAAAAUUCCUAUGAGUUAUUUAUCCAUCUCUAAACAAACACAUUCUACUUGGGGUGUGGGUGGGGAAACCUAUACAAAUCCUGAGCUGAUGUCACAGUGUUGGACACAGUGUGGCACUGUGGGUAGGUUGCAAGCCUAACAUACAGCAAUUUCCGGUGUCACAGUUGUGGGAGUGAGCGUUCGGAUCCCAGAGUCACGCAUUCGUUUUAUGUACACUUAGAGUGGCCUUCCCCGGAGGAGUGGUCCUGUCUCUGCUCGCCACACUGCCAGCCUCCUGCACUGCCAGGAUUGAUUUGCAGCGACAUCAUUCUUGGUUUGUCGCCUCAGAAUUAUCCAUAGUACUACUCGUGUUUCUGGAUCUAUGUACGCAUCCCGGUCAAGAACGCCCUCCGUGUGUUCUGAGUUGGAGCGUGUGCUUGCUCAGUCUGUGUUUGUCUUCUUCUGUUUUUUUUUUUUUUUUAACUUCAGCAAAGUCUAUUAGCAGAGACAUGGGGCAGGGAAGGGCCAGAGGUGGGAUCUCCUCCUCCAAGCGCAGAGCUUUGCUUGGCUGUCUCUCUAGUAAGCAGCCGAAGGGACUGAGACCAAGUUCUUCCUUUCAAGCUGGCGUGGUGAUGAAAUUGGAAAACAGGUUCCAUGGGCCUCAGUAGCAGAGGAUCCAGCAGCCUCCUCCAACUGGGUCCCCACACAGCUCCUGAGGAAAGUGCUGACAGUAUUGUUUUACUCAUCCCCGAGAUCCCCCAAGAGGUCCUCGCCUUGGAUAGAUGUUGUAACGAUCUAUUUGUUAAAGAAACCAAAGCACUUUAGUGAGUCUUACAACCCAUAAAACUUACGGCAUGUGUCCCCUCGCUGGAUCUCUGAAAGGCAGAGAGGGGCUUGGGCCAGUAGUCUCAUUUGAGAGGCAGCUAGAACUGGGAGGAAAAGCAUGGAGCUAGGAGGUGGGGAGCCAGGGCCAUCACUAGCCAUAAACCUUGGGUAGGUUGCUGCAUUUUGCUGGGCCUUGGGUCCCCCUGUAUUAGACAGUGUGUGGGGGAGUCAUAAAAGCUGCCCUCCUGGGAUAGAUGGGAAGGAAAGGGAUGGUGUAGCUGGUGGCACAUGGUUUGGAAGCUCUCCCCAGCGUGGGGAAGGACCAUAUAUAGAUGAAGAAUAUGACAUCCACAGUCACUAACUGGCCCGGGUCACAGAAGGGGCUCACAGCAGACCUGGGACAAGAGCCCAGACACCUGGACUCUCUCUGUUAGACCACCUUGCACCCAGAGUAUGUGAGUGAACACACACUGCUCCUCUGUGCCAGUACGUGGACAUAUGGGUGUGUCUGUACAGAGAGCAUGUAACACAGAUGAGGGGCCUAAGACAAACACCCCGAGUCUAAUUCCGUUGUCAACAGUAGACUUACCUAUGGCCUGGGACACACAAGCAACUCCUCCGGAACUCGGAUUUUCUAGGUUGUAAAAUGAGGACAUUGUGGUCCAGGAUCUUUGCCGUUCUUCCAGCUCUAGCUGUGAGAGGCCACAUGAGUGAUGUAUGUAUGUAUAUAUCAAUAUGCUUAUCUGUAGAAAUGGGCCCAUUGGGGAAUUGGAGACAAGGCCUGCCCAAGUGCAUUGCUUGUAUCAGAAUUGGCAACGUCACAAGACCAUGCGCCUUCAUUUUAAGUCAGAUGUUUCAAAGUCACUGUUUUAACUGGGUAGAGGAUUGGUGCUGUUUUAAAAAUUAAGUUCUUAGCUCUCGAGUGUUUGCUGUUAAUUUUUCAAACACAGUCAUUUUUUCAAUAGUCGAAAUUUUAACUCCGCUGCCUUGGGCAGGUCCCCAGCAGUCUGUUUGCAGGCUGGGUUUUGUGUAUGGGCUUUUACAUAACUAUAUAAAAGUUAGCUGUUGGCUUGAUCAUGGUAAAUAUGAACAGAUUGUCUGGAGAGCAGUCCAGAAAAGAAUUGAAUUCUAUAGUUCUCAUCAGCUGGUGACACGAAACAAUUAAGCUAUGUGCGAUUUCCUGGUGUGAAGAUGUUGUUUGCUGGCUACGGUCUCUGACUUUGUGGCAUAUGAGGUAUAAAAUGUUGUAAAAAAAAUCUGGUGUUUAAAAGAAUCAAACUAUGGUGGCAUUAAAUGUUCACUUUUAUUCUCCCCAGA